UGGAUUGUCAAUGUCCCCCAGUCUUCAUUUUCUUGAUCCUUGCUUAUUGGACUUUUGAUCCUUACUUACUGAACUUGUUCUCGUUUAUCGCUUCUCCCUUUCAUUGCGUUUGGUGAUCUGCAUUUGAUUCAAGCCAAGUUAGCACAAAGAAGCAAAAAAGAACGCAGCGGUUUUUUGUUUUUUCAUCUCAGCUUAGCGAUCACUCUGCACGAAUCGCCGUCUCGCCUUACACUUGAUGUACGCCGACUUUGACGCCGUGCUGAUGCCCGUGCUCACAAUGCCGCAGCAACAACAGCCAGGCCUCAUUCACUCGCAGCAACAGCAGCUGGAUCGUCAUCGCUUCGCCUCUUCGUCUCCAUUUUUGAUCAACGCUCUGGGCAAUGUUGCAUUCUGCCCGGCCGACGUCGCCAUGUUGAGCGAGGUGUCGCCUCUGGAUGCAACAAUGUUCUCACAAGCGUUUGCCAAGCAGCACAGCGGCGGCAGCAGCGCUCUGAGCACCUCGUGUGACGCAAUGCUGGCCUCGAAGGCGGGGGCGGGCGAUCAUUUCCACGUCACUGCCUUUGGCUUGUCGUCCACCACGACCACCGCCACCACCGCCACCGCCGCCGGCCCGACAACUGACGAUGGCACUUCCAUGGCUCUGAGCGGCUAUUUCAGCCCCCCUCUGAGCAGCACUGCCGGCCCGAACGCGCGCUUCGCCCCAGACGUCAUUGAUUUGUACAAAUUUGGCGAUGACAGCGUCACCCAGCCCGCCCACGGCCAGUUGCCACGACUGGAAUCCCUGUCGCCCGAAGCGCUCGACGAGCCGGUCUUUGUAAGCGAGCUGGCGGCAGCGGUUGCCGCGGCGACCCAGGACGCAGCGCUCAACCGAACGGCGGCAGCGAAGAACGCCCACGCUCAGCUUCUUCCUUGCACGAAUGCCAACGAGCUCAUGCACCUGCAGACAGUGACCGCAAGCAUUCCAGACGCGGCUGUGGCUCAAGCGCUCUCGCUGCCGGGGCCCGAUUACUUUGGUCCGCUGCGCAUCAGCUCUGCCGACUUUGGUCUGCAGCCUGCUCUCGGCGCUGCCAGCACACAUCGUGGUGUUGCCAUCCAGCACGAACGGUCUUCGCUCGCCUUGUUUGACGACAAUGCGCUAAUCAACGCAGUUUACAACAACGAGCGCAUCAACAAUUGGCAACCGCAGCCCCGCCCGCAUCAACCCGCCUCUGCUGCUUCGGCCGUUGAUGUGCUGAGCUCGUCCGUCGGCAUUGUGUCGCACACCACCGCUUCCAUCUCCAAGGCUCAGCGCUACCAACGUUUGGACGCGAGCCACCACCACCACCAACACCAACACCAAUCAGCCCUCCAUCUCGAUGCCAUCCUCUUGCAAAGCGGCUUGAUGCACGCUCAGCCAGGAUCUGCUGCUCCAAGACGCCAGCGCCGCACCUCCUCGCACUCGGGCUCAUCCUCCACCUACAUGGAUGAAAUCAGCGAAACGGCGUCGCACGUCUCGUCCGGCGAGGACAGGCCCACCUUCCACGAGCUCAAGCUCAAGCCUGCCAACCCAAACAAGCAGCGUAUCAAGGUGCAGGGCGCGAUCGAGCCCAACGUCAAGGCAAUCCUGGACGAUGUGCCUGCCGCCAUGGCGAGCGGUCGCGUGCCCGUGUGCGCUUGCUCGCUCGUCGAUUCGCCCCUGCGUAGCAACGCCAUGAGCUACCUCCACGGCGAAACCGCGCAGUCGAUUGACAAGCACCUGGAGAGCGGCCAGCCAGUCGUUGUGCUGGUGCAGCUGGAUCGCGAAAAGCACCUGGUCGUGUCCAAGAAGAACCGUGGCAUCAUUUUUGCUCCUCAAGCCACCACCCAGGUGAUGCGCCGGCUGAACUGCCUCGACUGCAAGCUUUCCAACAACGCCCGCUCAGAGUUUUCGGCCAUCCUCGACGCCAAGGAGGUCAAUUCUCGCACCAAUGAGCUGGAAACCACUGUACAGAACUUUGCCAUCCGUUUUACCUACCUCGCGCGGGGCACGCCCUGUCGACGCGAUGCCGCAUGCGUGCGCGACUGCCAUCGCUUUGAGCUCGUCCAUUGCUUCAUGACCUCGAUGCCCGAGUCCGACACGAUUGCCGUUGUGGUGCGAUUGGGCCCCAACACCUACGAGCAUUCUGCAUGAGACUGCUGAUGAACUACAGUAUGGUGUGGGAUGACACUGCGAAUUGAUUGAAAAUAUUGUUAUAUUAAGUAAACCC